GAGCCCAGGAUGACAGAGUCGCUGUGGCCGGCGGUCCCCAACGGGACGGACGCCGCCUUCUUGGCCGGCCUGGGGUCGCCGUGGGGAAACAGCACAGUGGCCUCCACCGCGCCUUUCUCCGCCCCUUACAGAUGCUCCCUCACCAAGACAGGCUUCCAGUUCUACUACCUGCCCGCCGUCUACAUCCUGGUGUUCAUCGUGGGCUUCCUGGGCAACAGCGUGGCCAUCUGGAUGUUCGUUUUCCACAUGAAGCCCUGGAGCGGCAUCUCCGUGUACAUGUUCAACUUGGCCUUGGCUGACUUUCUGUACGUGCUGACCCUGCCGGCCCUCAUCUUCUACUACUUCAACAAGACGGACUGGAUCUUCGGCGAUGCCAUGUGCAAGCUGCAGAGGUUCAUCUUCCACGUGAACCUGUACGGCAGCAUCCUGUUCCUGACCUGCAUCAGCGCGCACAGGUACAGCGGCGUGGUGUACCCGCUCCGCUCGCUGGGCCGGCUCAAGAAGAAGCACGCUGUCCGCGUCAGCGCGCUCGUGUGGCUCGUGGUGGUGGGCGCCAUCUCCCCCAUCCUCUUCUACUCCGGCACCGGGGUCCGCCGAAACAAGACGGUCACCUGCUAUGACACCACCUCGGACGAGUACCUGCGGAGCUAUUUCAUCUACAGCAUGUGCACCACCGUGGCCAUGUUCUGUGUGCCCUUGGUUCUGAUCCUGGGCUGCUACGGGUUAAUUGUCCGCGCCUUGAUUUACAAGGACCUGGACAACUCACCUCUGAGGAGGAAGUCCAUUUACCUGGUCAUCAUCGUCCUGAAUGUGUUCGCCGUGUCUUACAUCCCAUUCCACGUGAUGAAGACCAUGAACCUGAGGGCCCGCCUGGAUUUUCAGACCCCGGAAAUGUGCGCUUUCAACGACAGAGUGUAUGCCACGUACCAGGUGACAAGGGGCCUGGCAAGUCUCAACAGCUGUGUGGAUCCCAUCCUCUACUUCCUGGCAGGGGACACUUUCAGAAGGAGACUGUCACGAGCCACCAGGAAAGCUUCCCGAAGAAGCGAGGCAAACCUGCAGUCCAGAAGUGAAGAAAUGACCCUCAACAUUUUAUCCGAGUGCAAGCAGAAUGGAGACACAAGCUUGUGAAAGCAGGAAACGCCAAGGACCUCACUUUUGUAACAUGGCCAAAAGAAGCACCUAGGAAGAUCGUUGCUGGUGGUGGAAGAAUGCAGAGGUCAGGAGGAAGCAGUGAUCAGGCUGCAAUGCUGAUCUAUGCAGUAGGACGAUGGUGUAAGUAUUUCAGUGUUAAGACAGAGAUCUGUUGACAUUUGAAUGAAAGACAGCCAAAUUUUUAAGUUUUAACAAGUACCUAAAUUUUUACACUACAAGAAAUGUUUUAUUGCGAACAUAUUGGAGUCUUGGACCCUGAACAACUGAUUAGUAUUUAUGUUGAAGUAAAGAGAUAACUGAUGAAGAAAUGCAGCCUCUGGGAAGCUGCAGGACUCCUGACCCUUUGACUCCCUCCAGCUGGAAAAGAUGGGAUGAUAUCCUUUGGAUGAUACCAUAGGUGAUAUGUUCAAGCGAAGAUGUAGACAGCCUGGAGGGGGCAAAGUGGGCUACAGUAUUUCCCUGAAUUCUUCUUCCAAGUACUUGAAUAGAAAUUCUUAGUGCUCACCAGUUGUGAUAUGGCCAGGUCAUAUCCUGCAAGCCUCUCUGUGUACUCAGCUGGGACACUGAACCAUCUUCCAACACAUGUCAGUAACCAGUUCUUGCAGUGGCUGGAAUUCAACUAGUGAGAAAAUGUAAAGCUGAGAUUCUAGUAAAAGGUAUAUGGAAGCUUUAAUUUCGCGGGUUGAACUGUAACUAAGGUAAUUGUAUUUAUUGAAGAGCCCAAGGUGCGUUCAGUUGUACAGAUUGUAAAACUUCCUUGAAAGUUCCCUCAUACUGAUGUAAAUUAUAUUUAUUGCAAUGUAAAAUAUUAAUUAAUAUGUCACACUGGUGUAUUUUACAGUAAUAUAUGAUGCAUAGAUAAAAUAAGAGUUAUAUAUCAUGAUGAUUUUCAGAUAUUAGUACCUUAAAGUGCUUAAGAGUUUAGUUUUUAUUUUUGUCCAAAAUAUGAAAACUUUUUAUAAGUGUUUAAUUUUUCCAUAGAAAUGCACUUGCAUGUUUUCUAUUUACUUCUUAUGAUAUAGACUUAAUUUCGUGUUAGAUUUUAAGGUUAGUAGUGAGUGUAUCAUAGCCAGAUGGGUUCUGUAUUGUGUACAAUUUACAUAUGUAUUAUAGAAAAGUUUAUCUUUUUUCAGGAGGGUUAGAAUUUUCUCCCUACUGUGUUCUGAGCUUCAAUUAACAAAGGCAAAGACUUGUCUUAAGUUCAAAGUCAAUCUCGUAUGUUAGGAGAAUGGUGAUUGGGUGUUAUGGAUACAGCAUUGGAAUUUAAGGACAAAUACAGCUGCAACAAUCAGUUAUUCUCACUCAUUUCUGAAAGUUGUGAGUUGCCUUGCUUCUUAAAGCGAAAUAGUAUAAUCCUAAAUUCUUUGAUAUAGAGUCUAUAAGUAGCAUACUACCAGCAAAUUUAGCAUUGCUUUUGAUUAUAAUCUGUUUGCUUUGGGGCAUUGAUAACUUUAAUGCCAAUAUUUAAAGAGAAAAUUAUGUUAUUGGCUGUACUGCUUCUGUUACAGUUUUAUUCUGUCAUGCAUGUGUUAAACACAUCACUACAAAUUAAAACGAAGGUGAAUAUAUUAUGAAUUACAUGGUUUUAGUGUUUUGGCCAGAAAAUGUUUAUUUUUGUAUUCUCUGUGAUGUUCAUAUAGAUAAUUCAACUAGGUUUCUUUGGCAUUCAUAGUACUACUGAGUGCAUGGGAUGAAACAGUGUUACUGGACAUUUUGAACCAUCUCAGGUUUUUCUGAAUCAGUGGUACAUUAACGAAUUUCAGACUAUAUGUGCAUAGUUGUGUCUAAUAAACAGAAAGUGCAUUUCUUGUAAAGGCAUAGUAUCAUUCACAUUCAGGAGUAAGCAGACUUCACAUCUUUCUGUUUGUGCUUGUGAGUGUAUGAGUAUGUGUGUGUCAUGUGUGGCAGCUAAUAUUGUAUCUGCUAUUUAUAGUACACAGAGCCUUGUAAUUGUGAUCACUAGAACUGUCUUUAUCUUAGGCCAUUAAAACAGAAAAAAAAGGACAAUAAAACUAUGAAAUUG